UGCCAUUUUAGCACCAUGGCUGCCUGUGGUGGCAAGGCAUUGCACCCUGUGACUCAUGUCAUUUUCGACCUGGAUGGCACCAUGUUGAAUACUGAAACUCUUUAUACACUGGUGCUGGAAGAUCUCUGCGGCCGCUAUGGGAAGAAGUUCGGUUGGGAGCAAAAAGACGUCAUUAUGGGCAGAAGGGAAUUGGAGGCACUGGAUAUUCUUCGAAAGCUCCUCGACAUUCCCCUGACAGCCGACCAAAUGAUGUCUGAAAUUGAUAAGAAGAAGAAAGAGUUGUUUCCCACAGCUUCACUGAUGCCAGGUGUUGAAAAACUGGUCCGCCAUCUCCACCAGUACAAGAUACCAUUUGCCGUUGGCUCCAGCUCCCUUCGAGAGCCCUAUGAAUUGAAAACAGUCCACCACAAAGCUUUGUUUGGUUUAUUCCAUCAUAUCGUGCUGGGCGAUGACCCUGAAGUGAAAAAUGGGAAGCCGCACCCUGACAUUUUCCUAAUCUGUGCCAAGAGGUUUGAACCUCCAGCGCCUCCAGCCAAGUGCCUUGUUUUUGAAGAUGCACCCAAUGGGGUCAAAGCAGCACUGGCUGCUGGGAUGCAAGUGGUCAUGGUUCCUGACGAACAUCUGAAGAAAGAACUCACUAAAGAAGCAACCCUCGUACUUCAGUCUAUGAAUGACUUCAAGCCAGAAAUGUUUGGCCUACCAAAAUUUGACUGAGAACUGGUCCUGCCUCUUGUAUAAACUUAG